AAAUUUGUGUUGUUGUCCGUCGGCGGUCGUGCCGGCGAGGAGGCCGCGAGCCCCACCAGCGCCCCGCAACCCGCCGGUGCUAUCGUGCUGGUCAGCUGAUCGAAAAACAGGAGCGCGGGAGCGCGCGUCGGAACCGGUGGAAUGGAGGCCGCGGGCACUCGUCUGUUGGACGAGUCGCAGCCCUUUGAUGUGGCCAUCUUCGAUGGGGUCGUGUCGGCGUCGUACGACCCGCGGCAUCCCGAGCGGAGCAUGGCGAACGAGAUCCUCAUGAAGCUGCGCGAGCAGUCCAACGCCUGGGCCAAGGCGGACGCGAUCAUCGAGAACUCGACGCUUCCGCAGGGGCGGUUCUUCGGGCUCAUGGCCCUGGACGACGCGAUCAACACGCGGUGGAAGAUCCUGCCCGAGGAGCAGCGCGUGGGCAUCAAGGGCUUCAUCGUGAACAAGAUCAUCCAGCUCAGCAGCGACGAGGCGACGGCGAGCGCCGAGCGGACGAUGAUCCACCAGAUGAACAAGGUGCUCGUGUCGAUCCUCAAGCAGGAGUGGCCGCACAACUGGCCGUCGUUCAUCGGCGACGUCUGCGGCGCGAGCCGCACGUCCGAGGUGCUCUGCGAGAACAACAUGCACAUCCUGCGCCUCCUGUCCGAGGAGGUCUUCGACUUCAGCAAGGACGCGAUGACGACGGCGAAGAUCCGCACGAUGAAGGAGUCGCUCAACGCCGAGUUCGCGCAGAUCUUCCGGCUCUGCGAGUUCGUGCUCGGCGCGAGCUCGCGGCCCAAGCUCAUCGACGCGACGCUGGGCACGCUCAAGGCCUUCCUCUCCUGGAUCCCCCUGGGCUACCUCUUCGAGACGCCGCUCGUGCAGACGCUCGUGGAGCGGUUCUUCGCGGCGGCGCAGUUCCGCAACGCGGCGCUCGAGUGCCUCACGGAGAUCGCGUCGCUCUCCGACCUCGAGCCCAAGUACGACGAGGCCUUCGUGCGCCUCUACGUCGGCGCGCUCCAGGCCCUGGGGCAGAUCGUGCCGCGCGACGCGUCGCUGGCGGCGGCGUUCGACGCGGCGAGCGGCCGCGACGCGGACCAGCUCUUCGUGAGCCGGCUGGCGCUCUUCUUCAGCGGCUUCUUCAAGGCGCAUUUGCGGCUCGUGGAGACGCGGGAGCACGGCCAGGCGCUCCUCGAGGGGCUGCAGUACCUCGUGCGCAUCUCGGCCGUGCCGGACAACGAGGUCUUCCAGAUCUGCCUCGACUACUGGCACGCCUUCUCCCAGGACCUGUACGCGUCGGAGACGGGGCGGCCCGCGUUGUUCCAGCACGGGGGCCUGCUCUCGCAGGCGCGCUUGGUCAUCAUCAGCCGCAUGUCCAAGCCCGAGGAGGUGCUGGUGGUCGAGGACGAGAACGGCGAGAUCGUCCGCGAGAUGUUCAAGGACACGGAGGCCAUCGCCCAGUACAAGACCAUGCGCGAGACGCUCGUGUAUCUGACGCACCUCAACUACGACGACACGGAGUCGAUCAUGCUCGACAAGCUCGCGCUCCAGGUCGACGGCACGGAGUGGUCCUGGGCGAAUUUGAACACGCUCUGCUGGGCCAUCGGGUCCAUCUCCGGGGCCAUGAGCGAGGACGAGGAGAAGCGGUUCCUCGUGACGGUCAUCAAGGACCUGCUGGGGCUCUGCGAGGUGAAGCGCGGCAAGGGCAACAAGGCGUGCAUCGCGUCGAACAUCAUGUACGUCGUCGGCCAGUACCCGCGGUUCCUCCGGGCCCACUGGAAGUUCCUCAAGACCGUCGUGAACAAGCUCUUCGAGUUCAUGCACGAGCUCCACCCGGGCGUCCAGGACAUGGCCUGCGACACGUUCCUCAAGAUCGCGCUCAAGUGCAAGCGCAAGUUCGUGACGCAGCAGCCGGGCGAGGCGCGGCCCUUCGCGCGGGAUCUGGUCGCGCAGCUCCCCGCGAUCAUCUCGGAUUUGGAGCCCCACCAGGUCCACGCCUUCUACGAGGCGACGGCGUGCCUCCUGAGCGACCGCGGCGGCCACCCGUCCGUCGCCGCGCAGCGGCCCGCCUUACUCGCGCAGCUCAUGGCUCUACCGAACGACGCGUGGCGGCGCAUCACGCACGACGCGCAGCAGAACCCGGCGACGCUCGUCAACCCGGACACGGUGCGCGACGUCGCGAAGAUCGUCAAGACGCACCGCAUGGUCUGCGGCGCGUGCGGGCCCCUGUACGUGACGCAGCUGGGGGCGUGCUAUUUGGACCUGCUCAACGUCUACCGCGCGUACUCGGAGGCCGUGUCGUCCGCCGUGCAGCAGCACGGCGACCUCGCGACGCGCCACGCGGACGUGCGGGCUCUGCGGGCGGCGAAGCGCGAGAUCCUGCGGCUGCUGACGACCUUCGUCGAGAAGUGCGGCGAGCCCGAGGCGCCCCCGCCGCUCGUCGCGACGUCCUUCGUGCCGCCGCUGCUCGAGCCCGUGCUCAACGACUACCGGCGGUCCAUCGUCGAGGCGCGCGACAGCGACGUGCUGAACCUGCUGGCCGCGACGGUGGACAAGCUGCGGGAUCUGGUGGCCAACGAGGUGCCGCGCGUGCUCGACGCCGUCUUCGAGCCGACGCUGCGCAUGAUCACGCGCAACUUCGAGGACUUCCCGGAGCACCGGCUCGCGUUCUUCAAGCUCUUGAAGGCCGUGAACACGCACUGCUUCGCGGCCCUCUUCGCCAUCCCCGUGGCCCACCACAAGCUCGUCGUCGACAGCGUCGUCUGGGCGUUCAAGCACACGGAGCGCAACGUCGCGGACACGGGCCUGGAGAUCCUCUACGAGCUGCUGCUCAACGUCGGCCGGACCGUGGACGACGCGAAGCAGCCCUUCUACCGCGCCUUCGUGCUGCCCCUCAUCCAGGACGUGCUCGCGGUCAUGACGGACCGGCUCCACAAGAGCGGCUUCAAGAUGCACGCGACGCUCCUCCGCCACCUCUUCCACCUCGUCGAGGCGGGCCACGUGACGGCGCCCCUCUUCGACGACCCGACCAAGUACCCGUCGAACCAGGCCUUCCUCCGGGACCACGUCGCGAACCUCCUGAGCACGUCGUUCCCGAACCUGAGCCGCCAGCAGAUCGUCGACUUCGUCGUCGGCCUCUUCGAUCUGCGCAUGGACCUGCCGACGUUCAAGACGCACCUCCGCGACUUCCUCAUCCAGCUCAAGGAGUUCAGCGAGCAGAACAACCAGGACCUCUACUCCGAGGAGCGCGCGGCCCAGCAGGUCGCCGUCGCGGAGCAGCAGAACGCCGCGCGCCUCGCGGUCCCGGGCCUCGUGAACCCGCACGACCGCCCCAUGGACGACGACGACCUGUGAUCGCCGCGCCCAGACCACGCCCCCCUCGCGCGCUCUCCGACACCCCCCGAAACCAAAAGCAAGAUCCGCCGCGUAACGCGCAGAAAAGUC